AGCGGCGGCGGCGCCGGAGGGGACCCGCGCCCGCCUCGGCGCCGGGCCCAUGCAGGGAGAUGGCGGCGGGCCGGGCGCUGGCCGCGCUGCUGGCCGCGCUGCUGGCCGCCUCGGCGCAGCUCCUGCGGCGGGAAGCUUCCUUUAUGAUCUCUCUUCAUGCAGCGGACAAUGUCACAGUUAUGAUUAAACUGAGACACAGUAUGUCACCAAGCUGUCAAAUUAAUGUUAAAAAUGUCACCAGAUCUGAACUCUGGAUAAAGCCUGGGGAGAGCACGACUUUUACCUUCACUUGUAGUACUCCAGAGAAGUAUUUCAUCAUGGAAAUUCAGAAAAAUAUUGACUGUGUGUCAGGCCCAUGUCCAUUUGGAGAUGUUCAUCUGUACCCACUGGGGCUACCUCGUCUUAACAGGACUUUCACCUGGGAUGUGAAGGCAAGUACAAAGGCUGGACUUGAACUGAAAUUUUCUACCCCAUGGCUAAGACAGAUUGAACCAGGAGAGACGUGCCCAGAUUUUGUUAGCUACAACAUCAACAGCUGUAUUGAUACAGCCAAGGUCAACAUUGGCACCUUCUGCAGGAAUGGGUCAGUGUCUCGCGUCAAGCUGCUGGGAGGAGUUGUCCUGUCUCUGCACCUCCCGUGGAACUCACCUCUCACCACCUCAGGCUUCAACAUAGCUAACAGGGCUUCCAUAAAACGGUUGUGCAUUAUUGAAUCCAUUUUGAAGGGGGAGUCUUCAGUCACCCUGAUGUCCCCAAACUACCCACUGGGCUUUCCAGAAGAUGAGCUCAUGACGUGGCAGUUUGUGAUUCCUUCCAACAUGAGAGCAAGCGUAUUUUUCCACAACUACAGCCUCUCAAACUGUGAAAGGAAAGAAGAGAGGGUGGAGUACUACAUCCCUGGCUCCCUCAGCAACCCAGAGGUGUUCAAACUGAGUGACAGCCAGCCCGCCAAUAUCGCUGGCAGCUUCAAUCUGUCCCUGCAGGGCUGUGAUCAGGAUGCCCAGAACCCAGGCAUCCUCCGCUUGCUCUUCCAAGUUGUCGUUCAGCACCCACAGGUUGAUGAGAAUGUCACCCAUUUGGUCGACCUGAGCAAGGAGUGGAAUAUGACUGUAACGAUACACUUUGAAGGGUGGCCCACCCACAUCCCGCUCAUGUCUGAAUCCAUGUGCUUGAUCUGUAAAGAUCCUCGCACCUGUGACCGUGUCUUGACUUUAGUGUCUGGUGCUGUCUACAAGAUCUCCUUUCUCUGCAAGGACUUGUCCCGUCUGAGGAUCACAGCUGAAAAAGGCAUAAGCUGCUUCGAUUUUCGGUGGUGUCAGAGGAAGAUCUAUUCCCUUUCAGUGCCCAAGGCUAUUACCCAAUUGCCAAUUCGCCUGCAUAAGUUUAUUUGGAAGCUCUUGGCUCCUGAUUUGAUCAACACAGAAAUUACGUCUCCGUCCUUGAAACUUCAGCAACACGUCCCAGAGCAGAGGUGCAACACGAGCUACAGUUACAGCAUUGUUAGUGCCACCCCAGAGAUGGAGUUGAAUGUUGGUGUGUUCUGUCCUGGUGGAUCCAUUAAAAAGAUUCAGAUGAGAAAUAAUAUUACCAUAGCCUUAAAAACAUUUGGUAAAGGAUUCCUUAAUGAGUCAAACCAUCAGGAUCUGAAAAUGUCUUUUGUGCCACAUAUUAAAGAUGAGUGCACUUUCACUGUGAGUCCAGAUCCAAAAGCUAAAGUUUACUUGCAGACUCCCAACUGGCCUUAUGGUCUGCGUCCUUAUGUCUCCAUAUCCUGGUAUGUCAUUGUGCCCAAUAAGCAAGUUGCUCGCCUCGGGUUCUCCAGGGACCGCAUGGGUGUCACCUGUGAGACAGGCCGUGCCUAUGUCAACAUAAAGGAGGAAACACUGGGGGCAGAGGAGACUGUGCGCCGUGAGGAUGAGCUUCUGCCCCAGCCCCGAAAUAUGUAUCACAACUUCUGGGUAAACGUCUCCAACUGUAAACCUGUGGAUAAGACGCAACUGACCUUGCAGUUCUGGGUAGCCUUUGCUGACAAGCAGAUAGACCUAGGAGUGAUACUUGCUGUGGUGGCUGGGGCUGGAGUUCUCACAGCUAUUGGACUGACUGUGUGCUGUGUUAAGAAGAAGAGGAAGAAAAGCCAGAAUCCCAUGGUGGGAGUGUAUAAUGCUAACGUGAAUACUCAGGUGCCGGGAAAACAAGGCUUAUUCACAAAAGGGAGGAAAAACAAUGAGUCUCAUGUCUAUGCGGUUAUUGAUGAUGCUAUGGUCUAUGGGCACUUGCUGAAGGAAUCCAAUGGCUCAGUCACUCCAGAAGUUGACGUGUACCGGCCUUUUGAUGGACCCAUUGGUAGCUUGCCACCUUCUCCACCUCCAUUCUCCUUCCGAAAAGACAUUAAAUGCUCUUCUAACACCGAGGAAUCUCCACCUCUGACGGACAGAGACCAGGACACUUACACGUUUGCUCAUCAGAAAUCAGAGGACAAUGGAGAUACAAGUGAAAAGAAUAAUGGAGAUAGGAGUCAGUCCUUGCUGGAAAAUAAGGAACAGGAUGGUUUAGAGGAGUAAUUUUAUGCCAGGUAUAGCAGUUUCCUGUGGAAAUACAGGUGUAAGGACAGGGGUCUAGGAAAAAACCUGCAGAGUGUUAUUUAAAAACAUGUUUUGCUGUUGGUUUGUUUUGUGUGUGUGUUUUUAAUUAUUUUUUUUAAAACUUCAGCUGUUGAUAGCUUUCAGUUUUAGAUCGAACAUCUAGCAAACUCAAAGCCGGUUGAGACACUCCAGGACUGCAUGCGCUUCUGGUUCUGAAACGGGUGGCAAAGGUACACUCCUGCUUUUUAUUAUAAUGACAUCAGGAAAAUUAAUUCCUAACUGCCAGCUUAAAACUGUGGCAAUUAGAGUGGGGAGAGCGUUUUGUGAGUGGAGGAAAUACUGGACAGUAAUUUGUUCCUGAGUGUUGGUUGGUGACUCUUGGAAGGCAUAGGCUACGUCACCGUCUUGGGGCAGCUCCAGGUUGCACAGAUGUCUAAGCAAUCUGCUGAUGUCUGAGCAAAGGAGGGGACACUGUAAUUUCCACCACUUGCUGCUUGGAAAUUCAUUGUAAUUGGCACGCUGGUGACUAUGCAAGUGUAGUGAAAGACCAGUGUGAACGCUUGAGCUUGGGCUCUUCUAGUUCAGAAGUGAAGUAUGGGUUUUCUCUCAUUUCCAGCUGAUUUUAUCAUACUUGGAUAGCACUGUGUGAGCCUACACCAAAGAUUGUGUUUUCUUUGCUUUUUUACAGAAACAGUUUCAGAAGUCUAAAACAAUCUGGGCUUCUGUUCCAGAUACCUGUAGCAUUCACAUUUUACGACACAUCUUACGCUUUUGGCUCAAGUAAGAGUAAGAAUUCAAUAAAGAAAUAAUGAUGUGGUCAUACAGCUGUUUACUAAUGCUUUUCACUUCACCUGUUAGUGAUGCUCGGUUAUUUAAUCAGUGUUAAAAAGGGGUAAAGAAAACUGACUGUUUCCAGCAGGUGGUUUCUCUGCAAUGCAAAGAAUGAGAGUGAAUCCAUAAGGAAAGCCUAGAUGUUUAAAUAUUUCUUUAAUCAGCCUGAAUACAACAACCAUGUUGAAAUGAUGGUAGGGACAGCUCUUGAUUUCUUGCUGGACUUGAACUUCAGUUGUCUGGCUGCCUUUGAAAGACACCUCUUGAAAUCGGGUAAAUAAUAGGUCUCAUUUUUAAGUGCUGUAGUUAGCAUGCCCCUCGGUUUCUGUGCCUUUUAAAACUUGAGGGUCAGGUCUUUGUGCAGGGGACUACAGGUAUAUGAAUAAAGCUGCCUUUUAUAUACAAACAUCUGGUUUGUCCAGGUGUGCAGUUACUGAGGAUGUUUGCAAUUUUGUGUGCAGCAUUAGGCUUGAUGACUUGAGAAAUUGUCUCCAAAGUCUUAUCGUGACUGUUUCUUGCCUAGUGAUACAGAGGUGCCAUAAAACUUUUAAACAGUGUUGCAUGCCAUGAUGUUAAAAAUAUAAUAAUGUCUAAAAUUGAAAUGUCUUUACUAAAAACUUUACUGUUUACAUUAAAAAUAAUAAUUGGAUUUCUUCCUAUGUUAACUAUGCUGGCAUUGUGAAUUGACUAUUUAUUUGGUCAAUUGUGUGUACUUAACAGUGUAUACCAUUAUACUGCUUGGACCACUAUAAGAUUCAGUAUAGUGACAUAUCUGACUCAGUCUUCUGUAGUAUAUAGCAAAACGUGCCAGCUAAAAGUGCCUUUUAAUUUUUUCAUGUAUUUUCCUGCUUAUGUUUAUCAAUUUUAAUAUAGAAUUGUGCGUUCCUAGAUCUCUGGCUAGGCACUGGAAUCACAUAUUUCAAUGUUUACUUGGGUCAUUGUAAUGUCAUUUGAGAGCUUUAAAAGAUUUUUUUUUUUGUUAUUUUUUAUGGUUUUUUUACAAUACUGAUAGCUGUUUCUCUCAGGUAACUGAAUUGCCACAAUACAUUUUUAUCAGAUUAGUUUGGUUGUGGACUUGUCUGGUCAAUGUUUCUUACUUAUUGUUUAUUGAAAAGGAAUGAGAAAUCUGUAAGAGAAAGUCAAGGCUGUCUCAUCCCUCUAGCUUGGUUUCUGCAAUUGCUUAGAUGAAUUUUUUUAGCUCAUGUUCCUGCUAAGUAACUAAAGAAAAUGUAGUGGAAGUCAGGCUUUUGUGAACAACUUCUUGAUCUUUGAAGGAAGAUGAUGAUGCUUAUUGACUGGUAUUUUUAUUUGUUAGAAUAAAUAACUUUUGGUAUGGCAAUAUAAACCUUAGUUUACAGUUGUUUCCAGUCUAAGGUUGACUUUCACUGUGCUUAUUUUGGUAUGUUUAGACUAAGAGUUCAGGCACAAAUUCCGGUUCACUUUUCAUUAAGAGAAAGUUGUGACUUAAUUUUUUUAAAAAGUAAAUAAAAUACAACAAUGCUGGAGUAACUGGUGUAUGUCUUCCUCAUGUGUGUGUAAACUUAGCCUCGAGUAUUUUGAUGUCUUAGUGCUGGCAGCUACACCAUCACCUUAGACAAUAGAAAUGGGCUUCUAGAGAAUCUGGUUUGCUGGGACAAUAUACUGCCGAC